AUGCGCUCUAUUAAUGCGCUUGACUUGUUCGUACAGUGGGUUUACACGGGAGAGUACACCGAACUAUCUGGCUCGGUUGUCUCGCUAGGCCUCGCCAACGAUGUCCCGGAUCUGAAGAUGGAUAUUAAUCGCCAAAAACUCAAGACUAUGGACUGUGCAGUCAAGGCUGCAAUACUGGCUUGGUUUCUAGGAGACGAGCUGCAAGUGGCAGCGUUCCAGAACCAUGCUAUGACGCGCCUCUUCGCCGCUCUCGCUCGCUCGUCUGAGAAGCCCCAGCUUACGCCAACCUUGUAUGAUUGUGCCUCACGAUCGUCACAAUCAGAUGAGUACAGUCAUCUCGAGAUAGCAGUACAGCACUUGGUCAUUUGGAACUGGGUAGACGCGUCUACCGUCGAUCAAGAAGAUCUGGAAGGCUGGGACUCCAGGAUUACGAGCUGCGGCAAUUUUCGGAAGAUGUUUUUCAAGGGAUCUUUACUGUCGCUUGGUCAACGACGUGAAAAGGUUUUGGUAGCGAAAGAUCAUUUCUGCGGCGGACUACCCUAG